AUGACCAAGCUGCUCUACUGUCCGGUGUGCUGCCAAGUCGGUACAACACAGCAAAAGGGUUCCUUUUUUGUUGGUUUACUUAUUUAACUAUGAAACAACAACGUUGAAUGAUAUUUUAUGUAAAGAAUAUACGUCGACGCUGCUGUAGGCGGGAUUUGAGCUACCUGGACGCAUAAUAACAGCUCCAAUAACACGAAGUGGCGACAUCAGCUUUUCCCACUGAGUUGCAUACAGAGUCACACAGCAACGUCUGACCGGAGCUGACAGGACGGAGGUGGACGAAAUCAGAUCUCAUUUUGUCUGUGAACAUGAAGACAGACAUCAAUUACGACCAGCUGGUCGACAUGGAGUGUAAAAAGCAAGACUCCAACAGGAAAGCACAGAUGUAUUACAGGUGUUUGGUAGUGAUGGCCACUGGGUUCAGUGUGCUGCUGACCGCCGUGGCGCUCCACAGCAUUCUGACACCGAAUGUCUUCUCUGAAUAUCCAGCACCAAACGUCAGCCUCCGCCUGCCGACGGUCGAGGCCUGCUCGGACCCCUGCAAGAUUGUUCUGGUGGAAAGUAUCCCUGAAGGGCUGCAGUUUAACUCCAGCACCACUCAUCCCUCCAUCUUCCAGGCCUGGAUGAGUCUGAUGGACGAGGCUCGCAGCAGCCUCGACGUCGCCUCCUUCUACUGGACGCUCACCAACAAGGACACCCACACUCACGAGGAGACGGCCGAUCAGGGUGAGGCGGUUCUGCAGAAACUGUCUGAACUAUCAGCGAAGUUAUCAGUUCGAAUCGCAGUGAACACACCACAGGAGAGUCAACCACAGGACGACCUCCAACUGCUCAGCGAAUCAGGAGCCGAUAUCAGGAAAGUGAACAUGAGGGAGCUGACGUCAGGCGUCCUUCACACCAAAUUCUGGGUCGUAGAUAAGAAGCACAUUUACAUCGGCAGCGCCAACAUGGACUGGAGGUCUCUCACACAGGUGAAGGAGCUCGGCGCCGUCGUCUACAACUGCAGCUGUUUGGCUGCAGAUCUGGGCAAGAUCUUUGAAGCUUAUUGGUUUCUGGGGAAGAGUAAGUCCAUCCCGUCGCCAUGGCCGGUCAACUUCUCCACCCUGUACAACAAAGACACACCUCUGCAGCUGCCGCUCAACAACACGCCGUCUGACGUCUAUCUGUCGAGCUCCCCUCCGUCCUUCUGUGCAGCCGGCAGAACUCCAGACCUCCAGUCCAUCCUCAGCGUGAUGGAGGACGCCCAGAGCUUCAUCUACAUUGCUGUCAUGAACUACCUGCCCACCAUGGAGUUCUCACAUCCCAAGAGGUACUGGGCCGACAUCGACACACAGCUGAGGCGCGUUGCCUACGAGAAGCGGAUCAAAGUGCGGCUGCUGAUCAGCUGCUGGGGAAGCACUCAGCCCGUCAUGUUUCCCUUCCUGAAGUCUCUGGCUUCGGUUUACGACCCCAAGAGCAAACUGGACAUCCAGGUGAGGCUGUUUGUGGUGCCUGCGACUCCCAAGCAGAAGGAGAUUCCCUAUGCCAGAGUCAACCACAACAAAUACAUGGUGACCGAUAAGGUAGCGUACAUAGGGACGUCUAACUGGUCGGGCGACUACUUCGUGAGCACGGCCGGUUCGGCGCUGGUCGUCAACCAGACGGCAUCUGGGUCUCAGGAGCGGACCGUCCAAUCACAGCUGAGGGAGGUGUUUGAAAGGGACUGGAGCUCCGACUACAGCACUCCUCUCACCCAGCACUCCAACCUCAGAGACUUCUGCUAGCCUCAGCGGCCACCACUACAGCUGCUCAUCCAUCAACACACCUCUGUGGUUGCACACUUAGAGGAUUCGCAUAUUCAUGCAUUUUGCACAAACUCCUGAGCUGAAAAACCAGUGACAGACGACCUCUUAGCAGGGAGGAAUUCAACUUUUCGCCCAGUUUUAGUGCCAAACUCCACUUUCAGCAGAGAAUAAUGUGCAGUUAAACCAGUGCUGACACUCUUUAAUUGUCCAUUUUUUACACACUUUGCUUCUCUUUUGGUAAUCUGAUGUGCUUUCAUCAGAUGGUACUGUCUCAAACAUGAUCUGACACAUGUAUGUUUCUCUUUGAAUGCAUUUAGUCGUGUGGUUUCUGUCAUGUAGAGCCAGUAGCUGCAGGGGGCGCUGCUUCAGGUCUGCGUCACGCUGAGGCUCCUACAGUCGCUGCUGUUCAGGGGUUUAUUCAUUCAUCACUCUAUAGUUUUACUUUCACACAACUUCAGCCUCAAAAUGGGAGUUUUGGUCCCAGUUCAUCUCAGGGAGGAAAGUUAGAGUGUUUUCUUCAUUUGGUUUGCUGGAAUUUGGAAUAAUUCACAUUUUAAAUCAGUGUGCUGUGCCUCAAAAUGUGAAGAAGUGUUUUUAAGAAAGAGUUUUUGAACAAAUUUAAUACUGAAGUCUGCCGUGCAUUUGACAGAUAGGCAGCAAACGAGGACGGACUAAUUUAACUUCCACCAUGUGGAGUGAAUGAAACCACUAAUUAGUGCAGAGAUGGUUGCUAUGGCAACUGUCCAGGGAGUUCACCAGCAGUUAUCAUGUACAUGGCAUAAUACCUUUCAUCUGUACAAAGAAAUAUCCUCAAUAAAGGACUCUGAACUGAA